AGAACCGCAGCUGAUUAGAAUUAACCUCACUUUUUGGUAUAUUUUAACUGUGUUUUCUUUGAUAAAAUGUUAGUAUACUAAUUUUAUUAAUAAUGUAAUACCAGCAAGAAUGUUGGGUCCAAAGCCAGGAAGAACAGAGGCACUCUGUAACCAGUCUCUGCUGGAGGCUGGCGAACGACCACUCGAGAGAUCAUUAGCUGAGCCAGGAGAUGUUAAAACACAGUUCGCCACCCGUGAAGGGACUUACCGGCUUAUGACUCUUAGUGAAUACUCGCGUCCCAAUCGUGUAGGCUACCAAGCCCAAGGUCAAUCGCAACCGCAGGUUCGGGUGUCACUAGUUUCACUACCAGAUCAAGGAGAGCGUAUCUGUUUCAACCACGGUCGUGAAAUUUACGUUUAUGUGUAUAAAGGAAUUAAAAAAGCGGCUGAUUUAAGUAAACCUUUGGAUAAGAAGGUGUAUAAAGGUACAAAUCCGACAUGCCACGAUUUUAAUACUCUUUCAGCUAGUACAGAAAGCGUUACUCUUCUAAUCGGAUUUAGUACCGGUCAGAUACAAUUGAUAGAUCCCAUUAGAAAAGAACUCAAUAAAUUAUUUAAUGAGGAGAGGUUAAUUGAUAAAAGUAGGGUAACAUGUUUGAGGUGGGUGCCGGGAAGUCGUUGCUUGUUUUUAGCUGCGCACGCGUCAGGUCAGUUGUAUGUCUACAAUGAGGAACUUCCAUGUGGUUCGGCCACGCCGCAUUAUCAACCUUUUAAGUCUGGCGAAGGAUUUUCGGUUAGUACCUGCAAAACAAAAUCCACUCGUAAUCCAUUAUUUCGCUGGCUACUGGGAAGCGGGUCCGCUAUUAAUGAAAUAAGUUUCAGCCCGAAUGGUACUCAGUUGGCUAUUGCAAGUCAAGAUGGUUUGUUACGGGUGUUUCAUUAUGAUAGCAUGGAGUUGUUAGGUACUGCUAGGUCGUAUUUCGGUGGAUUACUGUGUGUUGCUUGGUCCGGUGACGGACGUCUUUUAGCUGCUGGUGGAGAAGACGACUUGGUGACUGUAUGGUCUUUGGAACAGAGACGUGUCGUUGCACGUGCCCAAGGGCAUAGGUCUUGGGUAUCCUCGGUUGCCUUUGAUGUCUAUUUAGAAAUGGACGGAUGUUAUCGCUUAGGAUCGGUCGGGCAUGACACGCAAAUAUGUUUGUGGGAAUUGCCAGAGGAUGCUCUCUCACCACCUCGACCCAGGGCAAAACGAAGAUCUGAUCCAUUACAAUUGGUCGGCACCCCUAGCUGCCCUCAUUUAGAUGAGUGUCCAGUUUUGGAACCUCUGGUAUGUAAGAAAAUUGCGCAUGAACGCUUAACUGCAUUGGUGUUUCGUACUGACUGUAUUAUUACUGCCUGUCAAGAUGGCUAUGUGUACACAUGGGCACGGCCCUCUUAGUUUAAGGAAAUUUUUAUAAUGUUGCAUGAGAAUCUGUAUAUUUAAAUACUGUUUGUAUAAUUAAAGUUUUAGCGAUUAAGUUGUGAUGCUUUACACAAAUCUUAAGUACUGUGAUUUUAUUUUUUUACACAUUAUGUAUGUGUUGCAUCAUAAUAUAGUCUGUUACGUUGUAAUGGGAAUAAUUCAAUUGUCACCAUUCAACUCGAUACGCUGUGAUAUCACAGUAUGCUAACAGAGCCUUCUGAGUUGUCUUUCUCGACACCAAAUGUGUAUUGGGCGUCACUACUAUGUUAAACUCAAACUUGUGCCAAAUAUGCACUAAUUUGUAUAACCGAAUUUUAAUUUGUCUGUCAAUUCCUUUUAAUUACGUACCUACUAAUCAGUGUUUAUGUGCUGUAUUUAUUUUAAGAACAUAAAAUCCAGUAUACCUAUAUUUAUUUA